AUGGGCCCGCGCAGCUGGUCGCGCCGUGUUUACAUCUCGGCGCGAGUCACCUCUGGCGAGGAGCGGACUGCACUGACCCGCCUCGGCUCCCGGGGAGGCCAGGGCGGGGGUCCGGCUCCGGAGGAAGCGCGUCCUGGGAGGGUCUGUGUCGGCGGGAGGCUGCGGCCGGCGCCGGGGCUGGGCGGCGAGCUCGGGGCGGGACCUGGGAGGCUCCGGCCGCCCGGGGCGGCGGGAGGGCUGGACAGCAGUUUCCUUCCCCGUCGGGCCUUAUCGCCGCCGCGUACCUUCCUUGCCUCCGCCGCCGGCUGGCACGACAGGUUGUACUCGGCCGUUCUUUUAUUCUCGCUCUCCACGCCGGCCCCCUGCUGCCAGCUCCCCCUAUUCCCGGGGGGUAGGGAGGCUCGGCUCUGCGCGGAAUCUGUUUUAAACAAAACAAAAACGGGCUCAGUGACACGCACGUCCAGUGACCGCCUUCGGGGUCCUUCGCGGGCGGAGCUGGCCCUCGGGGACCGCGCUCCGGAACGUCGUGGGGGCGCGCGAGGGGUCGGCGAGGCUCUGCGCGGCUCCGGACGCGCUGGCCCCGCCGCGCUGUGCGCCGGGCAGCCGGCCCCCCUCGCCCCACUCGGGCGUUUUUAUUCCGUCGGUAAAGGACAGAAAAUGUUCCAUAACACCAGGAGUGCUCCAGAUUGCAGUUUCUGGUGUUCUUCGGGUGCCCGCGUCCCGGGCUGCCUUUGUAGGAGACAGGUCCCCCGAGAAUAGCCUUUAAGUUCUUAGUACUUCAUCAAAUGAGCGCGAAGAGGGGGAGCCUCGUUGUAAAACGGAGCCCUCCUUUCUUGUGUUUUGAACACUUGCUUCACCUGUGUGGCUUAGAUUUCAGUCCGGCGGCGAGAGAACAGUAACUGUGCGUUUGGCAUCAGACUUGCUUUUCUUUUUAUCCGAGUCUCCGUCGAGAGGCGAAUUGUGUACUUUCUCCAGUGCCAGGAGCACAGAAGGUCGGCUCCACUGGGGUGGCUAUGGAGCGCUGCUUCAGAAGCAUGACCAGCUGUGAGUUUUCCCAGGACUUUCCUGGAUUUAGGUCUGAAAGUCUCAGAUCUUGGGAAGCCCC